UUCUCGCCAUAGUAGUAGGAAAGAUGGCGUCGACUGACUAUAUUACUGAAGUUGAGAUUCAGCCGGACAUCCAAGAGAUCGAAAUUGAAAGUAUACCGUGUGAAAUUCCGUGUGAAACUGUUGAAACUACGAUAGAAUGUGUAGACGGUCAACCAAUGAUUGCUUUACAGCCCUUACCGGAUCCAGGAAGAGAAGAAAUAAUUUUACAAACUCAAGAAGAAAUUGUUGGAGGUGUAGAUCCUUUAUCGGUUUACGAUCAAAUUGCAGUCCCAACGGACAGUGAUAUUUAUGUAGAAUCUAGUCCGGGGCCUUCCAGAAGAGGUAAAAAGCCUAAAAAACAAGGUAGAUUUCGAACCAACGAUCAAUACAUUGGAGAUAUGACUGAAACAAAAACUCGGAAGUGGGAACAGAAGCAAGUUCAAAUAAGGACUUUGGAAGGUGAAUUUUCUGUGACGAUGUGGGCAUCUGGAACGGACGAUGAUGAGUGCAGCAACCCGGAUCCAGAUCCUGACUAUGAGGACUACAUGACAGAUCGAAAGAUCCCUCCUGAAGGAAUCCCAGGACUGGACCUCAGUGAUCCCAAACAGCUCGCAGAGUUUGCCAGCACGCCUGAUUGUUUUAGACCAGGGCACAAGAUGAAGAUGAAGAAGCCGUCGAAUGACAUGUUGGACCGCACCAUCGCAUGUCCGCACAAGGGCUGCACAAAGAUGUUCCGUGACAACUCCGCCAUGAGGAAGCACCUGCACACGCACGGGCCACGCGUCCACGUGUGCGCGGAAUGUGGCAAGGCAUUUGUGGAGAGUAGCAAGUUAAAACGACACCAGCUAGUUCACACAGGAGAGAAACCCUUCCAGUGCACCUUUGAGGGCUGUGGGAAGAGAUUUUCACUGGACUUCAACCUACGGACACAUGUACGAAUACACACAGGUGAUCGACCAUACGUCUGCCCGUUUGACGGAUGCAACAAGAAAUUUGCACAGUCAACAAAUCUCAAAUCUCACAUCCUAACUCAUGCUAAGGCCAAGCCACGUAACCCCAUGAACCACAGACCCAUGCAGAUGCUGCACUCAGAAGAAGUCCCUCAGUUCGUCCAGGUGGAAGUGGGAGAUGUAGAGCACCAGCAGUUCAUCGUUUACGCCGACUGAGCUCACUGUAGAAUUUAGAAGAUGUACAAAUGGACUGAAAUGCUGUGAAGCGUGCCACAUUCGAUACCAGUCUAAGUCCAGUGGACCGGUUAUACCAGCCGGCGGCGCUGUGCUGUGUCACACGGACACAUUGGCUGAAUGUAAAACAGAACGCAAUACGCUUGCUCGCUAGGUAUCUCUAGCACAAUUGAUUGUAAGUCUUGUAUUGUAUUGUACUACAGUUGUUCCAGUACUGGAGAAUCCAAAUUUAUAAGGGAAAAGGAUGGUUUACAUUUAUAGAUCAUGCAGUGAUAGAGUGUCGGCUUAAGUCAGAGAAAAGUAUUUUCAAUAUUGCUUUUAACAACAACCUUAAAAAUUAGAUCUAGCAGUUGAUUAUCCGUGUAAAUGUUCUGUUAUCUCUGAAAAAUGAGUUUCAAAUGCAACAUGUGAAAGUAGAGAAACUCAGUUUAGUGCAUGUUAUCUGAACAGACAACAUUUGCAUAUUGUCAAUGCUGUCAAUUAAUGGUAUUUUCAUCUACUUUAUUAUUUUACUGUUAAAAGUUAUGUUUCUACAUAUCAAUAUUAUAAAGAGCAAAGAGAAACAUUUAAAUAUAUUAUAAUGUUUAAGUUUGACUGGAAAACAAGAUUUUAAAAACAAUGUCGUGGUCUACAAAAAUAUAUAAUAUGUGAUGUAAUUGAAUUACUUUGCAUUGUAAGUUUUAACCCUUUGGUUCCCAAGCGCCUAGUCUAGUGCUGGGAGCGAAAGUGUUAUGUUAACUUCACGCCUGUCCGUAACUUGUCUCUGUUAGAAUCUCAACGUUAAGGAAAUGAAGAACCAAAAACGUAAAUAGCUAUAUAUUUAUAUCAACUAUCACAACAAAGUAAUUAUUUUGUUUACUUGUAAACAAGAAAAAAAAUAAUCAAAGAAAUGAAAGUUAAUAAAUGUUUACUAGUGUUGAAUCGGUUCAAUUUCUUUUUGUUAACCCUUUUCCAAUUUUAAAAGGAAACUAACUUGUCUGAUCCGAAUUAGUUUUUCAACUACACGAUUUCUAUAAAACAAUCACAUUGCAGCAGGAUGUAAAUGUGAAAUAUUUAUUUAGGUUGUACCAAGUAGGAUGUGGCACAUUUGCUCUUGUACGAUAAUUAUGGUUCACUUUACUAUUCUUUAUAUAUCAAAAUGUAGUGAUGUAUGGUUAGAUUCAAGAUUAGUACUGGUCAAUUAAAUUUUCAGUUGUUUCAUUAUCAUUGUCCCCUCCCACAGUUCACUUCUGCUGACUGGAACUUGGAAAUACAUUCUGGCCAGAGGUGUUUCGAUGACUCUUCAUCGUCAUUGUAAAUUCUCAGACCCCUUGAGUAACUCAAUCCUGGUCUUAUAAUUUAUUUUUAGAGAGAUUUAUGUCGCAUUGACAUUUCCAUCGAAAGUUCCAAGAAGGGUUUGGGAACAGCUUUUACUGCCUCCAUCUGUGGAUAUUCUGCCAUAAUGAUGUUUAAAUUUUCCUCACUUAUCUCUUCAUGAAUACCUUUUCAAAAUGAGAAGGACGCCAAAUUAGGUUUACAGGGAUAUUGGACUGUUUCUUGCUGGUGAGUUCCCUUUCACGGUCUGGUACCAAACCAGCAUAAUGAUGUUUAAAUUUUCCUCACUUAUCUCUUCACAAAUACCUUUUCAAAAUGAGAAGGACGCCAAAUUAGGUUUACAGGGAUAUUGGACUGUUUCUUGCUGGUGAGUUCCCUUUCACGGUCUGGUACCAAACCAGCAUAAUGAUGUUUAAAUUUUCCUCACUUAUCUCUUCACAAAUACCUUUUCAAAAUGAGAAGGACGCCAAAUUAGGUUUACAGGGAUAUUGGACUGUUUCUUGCUGGUGAGUUCCCUUUCACGGUCUGGUACCAAACCAGCAUAAUGAUGUUUAAAUUUUCCUCACUUAUCUCUUCACAAAUACCUUUUCAAAAUGAGAAGGACGCCAAAUUAGGUUUACAGGGAUAUUGGACUGUUUCUUGCUGGUGAGUUCCCUUUCACGGUCUGGUACCAAACGAGCAUAAUGAUGUUUAAAUUUUCCUCACUUAUCUCUUCACGAAUACCUUUUUCGAAAUGAGAAGGACGCCAAAUUAGGUUUACAGGGAUAUUGGACUGUUUCUUGCUGGUGAGUUCCCUUUCGCGGUCUGGUACAAAACCAGCUCCAGCUGAUUGUAUUUUGCCUGUUCCUUCAGCAUGUGGUUAUAGAUGUAUUGAAUAGAGGUGUGCUAAACCGUUCCUGAUGUGAAACCGUUGCGCCAUAUUCAUUCAUUAUAUCUCGUUGCGUUGCGUGUAUCGGUUUUGUUUGAUUAUCAUAUGGCUCUGAGACUUGGUUAAAAGAUACACCAAAUAAUAAUCAGUAAUAAUGAUCUAAAGGAUUCGAGUUGUUCCCAUUUCCUAAAAAUUAAGUGCUCUUAUCCCCAAUUUUGAAAUGUACCAUAAACGAGUUUACCCUGUUCUAACGUAUUACCUCCAAUACCAUGUUUCAAUUCUGAUUCUUAAGAAACCUUUUACCUAAAUUGUUUCCGCAAGUUCAUGGGUAAAGAACCGGUAACCUGUUUUGAUUCGGUUUGAUUCCAGUUGACUUAUCCGUAAUGCUUGUAUUUCAGUACUUAGUUUCUAAUGGAUUACAAUUAAUUUUGUGGUUUUUACACAAAAAUCUCUUCUGUGAAGGGAGCUUACAGCUAGUGGGCUAGUGCAGCACAUUUAAUAAUCCGUACAAGAGCCGUGUGAUGGUGGUUGUGUGUGUGUGUGUGUGUGUACCUCUGACAAUGACCCUCGCGGAACAUACAGAUUGUGUUCUAUACUAAACAUAAUAUUUAUUAAAAAUCAAAUGAAAAUGAUCAAAUUAAUAUUGCAUGAAAUAUAGAGCAAGAGAUUAAUAAUAAUCACAACUAAGAUAUUAUUGAUGAAUUGUAGUAGUUUUCCAUUUCCUCGAGUAAUAUUCCAAAAAUCAAUAUUGAGUAAUCUGUCAAAUUAGUAACUAUAAAGCAUGCAGAAAAAAAUAAUUUAAGAACUAAUCGUUUUUCGUUAAAAAAAUGACUAAAUAAUCGUGGGUAAUGAGUUUGAAAAAUCUAGUUUUAAGAAGCGCUUUUUAAAAGUAAUCACGUUAUAAAUGAAUAAUAAACUAAUUCAAAUCACUAAAAAUAUUUUAUUAAUUUAGAAUGAAUCAUGCUAAUAUCAAAUAUGACAUUUAGGUUUACUAUAAAUAUUUUAAUUUGUUAGUUACAAUAGAAUACAAUGACAGGACAAGAUUUAUUUCAAUAUAGUUGUCUUAAGAUUGUGUAAAAUACUAUUUUUGAUGAUUAUCUAAUUUUAGGUCUGGUCCCAGAUAAUUUGUGUUCUAACUCUGACACCGUUUCGUUUUUGUAAAGCUUUGUAUAAUCAAUUUUCCAUUAAUUUACUUUCCAAGUAACCUGUUCUAUAAUCACCCACUGAAGAGUUUUAAAAUAAUAAUAAAAAUCAUUCAAAUUAUAUUUUCACCCAGUAAUGAAAAAAUCAGAUGCUUUGAAAAUCUGUACCUUAAAAGAUAAGGUACCUAUCCCGGGCACGUUGUUUAUUGUGUAUGUUUACUAUAGACUUUCAAUGCUGUGUUGUAUUUUUAAGUUGGUCCCUUUGUUUAAUAUACCUGCAGAUUUAUCAUAAGGCCAUUAAGAAAUAUUUAAUGUUAUCAGUGUAAAUAAUGACAGAGCAAUAAUACUUUGUGUAAUUUAACUUAACAUAAUCAGGGUAUUCAAUAUUUGUAAAGUAACAGUGUUUGUUUCCUUUUGUUUAUAUAUUAUAUUUACAACAAACAGUAAUAUAUUCCAUAACAAUGAACAGUGUAAGGCUAAACAUAUUUCACAGUAAUGUUUCCACUGUGGACAAAGAUACAGAGGUCUGAACAAUGUGAUAAAAAUGGGUUUAAUUGUGUUAGAAUUACGAUACACGGUAAAACCUGUCAUAUCCGAGAUGUGGGAUCGUUAUGAAGAAUGUAAGAUGUUUAUAGCAAGUGCACAAUCAAUGUUAAGGUUUACUUUUUACAGGCACAGCAUAAAUUUAUUGAAAACGUUGAAUGUGCUGGAACUGUGUUUUCCAUGAAAUUUUCAAAGUUAUGGUACAGCAAAUCUGCUUGGCACUUUAAAACUAGUGGACAUAUUAAUUUUUUUGAGGUUGCUUAUGUAAAUAAACACACGAUUAAAGAGGCUAUAUACUUGAAUCUCAGCACUAAAAAUUUCGAAAGAUUAUCAUUGUGCCUAAAAAUAGCAGGUGAACUUCCCGGUCCUGACCUGACUUGUCUUGUCCUGUCCUUUCUUGCCCCACCGCCGACAUGAUCGAACAUGCCUGUGGUAUUCCUUGUUCGUGAAGCUUACAGUUACAAAACAUUUUAUAAUUUAUCACCAGGCCGGUUGUCACAGGUUUUACCGUAUUAAUUUAAUUACUAAUUUACAAUAAGUUAUAAAAAACAUAAUUACGUACAUUUAAAUAGCCUAAUAAUUGUCAGUGGAACCCUUCAUGUUUAUCUCUGUAGCUUCUUGUUUAUAAGGUUUAAAAAAAAUCCAGUUGGACUUGUAUCAAAUACGCGAUGGGUUGUUGUUAUUUUUUAUGUGUUUGUAGUAAAGAUACAAUAAUAAUGAAUUAUAGAUAGUUUUUCUAGUUACAUUGAUAUUGAAAAAUGUACAAAUCAAUCUGAGUUUACAUUCAAACGAAACAAAUAGUUUUGGUUUUAAUAUCAGAUCUGUAGAAAAAUAUUUUACAUGUUCUCAAAUUUACUUAAUGGAUCAAUUUAACUGGUACUUCAUUAACCCUUUGACCGCCAUGCUAAUUUCAGGUAGUUGUCUCGUAUUCAACCAGGAGUCGUCUCGUAAGCAACUCCAGUGUUACCAAUUUUACACCUACAGUUUAUUGGGUUAGUCUCGUUUUAUUUGCUGUGAACUGACCUACAAUUCAAGUAAGAAACCUUAAAAAAAAAAAAAAAAAAAAAAAAAAAAAAAACAAUUCAACCAAACAUUUCAUUGUUUUAAAUGAUUUUCUUAAUUGAAGUCAUAUAUUUUGGUUUUGAACCAUAUAAGUGUAAUUGAGAAAGAGGAUUUUGCCUAGAAGUACUAUUAUAAUAAAUAGUGAAAUGCUUUAAAACAUGUUGAGAAACAGUAUAAAUUUGUAGAUAGUAAAUUCACACCUUUAUAAUUUGCAUGUAUGAAUUUCACCUUUAUUAAAAAAAUUAAUUGAAAAUAAAGUGUUAUGAAGGGCAACUUGCCAUUAUGUUUACUUUAAAAUUUCCGGUCAAAAAUUAAUUAGUUAGAAUCAAAGUUGCCUAUUUCAAUUAAAAUGAAAUUGUUUUCUGACGUAUAAAAAGCAUUUCCAAAAUAAAGGCUUUGUGUUAAACAAAUAAACAUUUCAGGUCUUUGUUCUUCAGAAUGGGUACAACGCCUUCUAGUUUCAAGGAAAAAUGCUCAGUUACAGUUAUAAAAAUGCCCAAUUACAAAAAAAAGAAAAUUAUUUUCAACAAUGAUUGUAUUGUUGCUUGUGGUAUUCUUCUGACCUGUGCCGUGAUGAUUGUAUUGUGGUGGUCAAAGGGUUAACAUUGCCAGGUGAAAGAGAUGCUUCUAUUUCUACAUUGCCCUAUUCUAACAUCCUCACCUGCGUGUGUGUACACUGCCUCUGUGUGGCAGCUUUAAAAACAUUAAAAAAUAUGAGCUAAUAUCAGCAAGACAUUAAAAAAAUCAUCCGAUGGUAACUUAGUUUACUUAACACAAUUUUAUUACGGGUUGUAAAAAAAAUCAAGACAAAAGUACCAACCUGGGUAAAAGAGGUUUGUUAUUAUAGGUUUGAAUGUGUACUGUAGAAAUUCUUAAAUUAUAUAAAUAUGUUGGUAAAUAUAUUUUUUAUAAUUUUAUUAUUUAUAGUUGGUUGUUGUUUACGUGAUAAGCAUAAUAUUUCCUUUGCACAUCUACUUUGCAUCUUUCUGGUAACUUAGUUUAUACUGUUAGUUAGCUUUUUAUAUACUGAUUUUUCCUUUAGCAAUAAAUGGUGGACCUAGAUCAUUAAUUUAGGUAACUUUGUGGAUCAGUGAUUGUUAGAAGUACGAUUUUCCCAUUCAAAAUACCAUACAUUGAUUGUGAACAUUACCUGGUAUCGAAUGUGCUAAACCUAGUCAAAAUAACAAAGAAUCAGUGCCUCCUUCAUCUAUCAUUGACGCAAUAUGCAAGAUGAAAGAAUAUGUCUGUAUAGCGCUUCACCCUGUAUAUAUCUGCUGAGUGACCGGACGGCAAAAUAAGUCUUUCACGUUUGUUAUUCCUGGACCAUGUGUUGUUAACCGCAGUUGAAUAAGUACUUUUGCCUUCCGGUAGAUAUUUUAGGUUGUAAAUAAGUAAGUUAGUAAAGACCCUUAGUAAAUUAAGAUGCAUUUCUUUGCUCGUGACUUAUUGGAAGCGAAGUGUUCACAAUCCGCUGUAAUCAUGUCAUUUUGUUGAUAUUUUUAAAACUGAAAAUCAUGAACAGAUUUGUAAAUUUCUUGUGGUCAGUGAGCUGAAACAUAGACGUUAAUGUUUACAACAUACAGUAAAACAUAUGAGGUUUCAAUAAGUCCCAAGCAAAGUUGUCUUGUACAUAUUUUUAAGGUGAAAUUGUAUAAAUUUAGUAAGUGUACAAUUGUAGAAUUUAUUCCCAAACAAACAAUUUCCACUGUUGAAAAGUAAAUUUUAUGGCCAAGAGAAAAAAAAUUGAUAUCAAAAUAUUAAUACUUUAUUCAUUAGCCAGAUAUGGAAAAAAACUAGUUUUGCCAAAGUUAUUAGCUUUUAAUUAAUAUCUUUUAAACUUUUUUUGGAAAUAGCAUUUUUGUAAUUCUGUUUCGUUUUAUUGCAUUCAAAAUUAGUUAAAUGUUUUAAAGCAUGUAAUAAGUUCAGUUUUUGUAUUUAGUAGAUUUAAGAUUUACUUCGACAAGUUGUUUAAAUUUCCUGAUGUAAAAAUUUAAUAUAUUUUUCUUAAUAGUAAUGAUAGUGUAUUUUGGGGAGAAAAUUGUAAUAUACGAGGUCAAUGUGAGAACCUCAUUCUCAUUGCAUAUUUUCUUUGUGAUGUAUGAUAAUUGUGAAUUAAACUUAUUUUCAUGACUUUUCUAUAAA